AUGGGCGCCUCCUCGAGUCGCUCUGGCGACAAGGGGAUCGUCACCGUCAGCGAGAAGCCAGGCGCCACCAAGGCGCGCGUCGAUCCGGUGCUGGACGAGCUCGCGCGCCUCGAGAGGCUCAUUCCUGAGGCGCCAAAGGGACUGGAGGAGUUCUGGAGCGAGCUCCAGAUCCUGCAGGGCCUGACGGCCUCCCCGUCGGUCGUCGACGCGUCAGGGCUGUUCUCCGCGCUGCGCGCCCUGGCGGAGUCCAACGCGUCCAGUGUCGCGGAGCGGCAGGCCGAGAUCGCGACCCUGCAGGCGCGCACGCGCAGGGAGGUGGAGGAGGCGGAGGACAGGGUCAGGGAGAUGGAGCGCGGGGUGCAGGCCACGGCGGAUCAGCUGCGUCGGGCCGCGGGGCUGAGGACAAUGGCCGCGGAGAUCUCUCGGAGCAUCGAGGCGCUGUCGGCGAGGCUGGAGGCGGGGGAGGCGGGGGCUGGCGGCUCCAAGCGGUGGGGGUGA